AUGUCUUUGCCGUUGAAACCAUUCACGAUCGAUUCACAUACGAAACAAUUAAAUUCUAAACAAAAGAAGUUCCACAUAAACGUAGAAAGAGCCCUGGAAAGAUUCGACUCAGUAACAGAAUGGGCUGAUUACAUUGCAAGUCUUGGGACUCUAUUAAAGGCAUUACAAAGUUGGUCACCAAAAUUUCAGAAUGUGAAAUACUAUAUUCCAACACCAUAUCAAGUAAGUAGAAGACUAACAUCAUCAUUAUCUCCCAGCUUACCAGCAGGUGUUCAUCAGAAGACUUUAGAGGUCUAUACUUUUAUUUUUGAAAAUAUAGGUCAAGAAACAUUAUCAGCUGAAUGUAAUAUUUGGAUACCAGGUAUCUUACCGCUAAUGACGUAUGCUUCGAUGUCGGUAAGAUCUCAUGUCAUUGAACUCUUCGCGAACUAUAUAGUAUGUUUACCAUCAUUAACAUUGAAAUUAUUAGUUAGACCAAUAUUAGCAAGUUUGUUUCCAGCAAUUGAUGACGAAAGUAGUGAAUUCUUACCAUUAACUAUGAAACUAAUUGAAACUUUAAAAACAAAUUUAAACGAUGAUUCAUUAUUUUGGCAAACUACAUUUUUAAUUAUAUCUUCGAAUAAAGAUAGAAGAUUAGGUGGAUUAGUUUGGUUAACUAAAAAAUUCCCUUCACUUAAUGCUGUUCCUCAUUUGCUUAAGACCAAAGAAGAGGAAUUGCGAAAUUUCGAAACUACUUUUAAUGACAAUGCACAAUCAUCAACCUUGAAUAAUGCAGAUAAAAAGAAACAAAAAGACCUAACUUUGUCUAUACUACUACCUGCUGCUAAAGAUUUGGUUUCACCUGAAUCUGGAUUAUUGAUUCGAGGGUUAAUUCGUUGUCUUGAUGACGACAAUGAUUUACUAUUAAAAAGAGGAUUGUUGGAUCUCUUAUUGCAACGAUUACAAUUAAAUUCACCUGUGCUGACUACUUUAGUUAGUUAUAAUGACAGAAAACUGUUGAUAAUGAGUUGUUGUAGAACCGCUUUGAAUAAAGAUAUGUCCUUAAAUAGGAGGAUAUGGAAUUGGUUAUUAGGUCCGAAUUCGUCGAGUAUCAAUUUAAAUAAUAGCUCUACCAGCCUACUGGAAAAAGUAACAUCUGACAAGGAGAACGGUACUGUAAAUCAAGACAGCGAAGAUACAUACUUUGCUAAGUACGGCCUAAAACCCUUGAUUGACGGGUUAAAUGAUUUGUUAACGAAUGAAGAAAAUACAAUAAUUGCAUUCAAGAUAUGUCUUGCAAUGAUGGAUAGAUGGGAACUUGGAUCAUUGAUAAUACCAACAAUGUUCAUUAGAUUAUUACAAGCGGCACAAAAAUUUGCAAAUGAUAAAAAGGUUUCCAAAGCAGCAAGCACGUUUUUUGAUGCUGUAGAAACAAAUACUAUAUGGGGCCAAAUAUUUGAAUGGAUUACUAAAACGAAAGACUUUGAUUUCCUCUAUUAUGUUAUCUCCACUUAUGACAUAUCAACAGAUGAAGAAAUCAUAAUACGCCAUUUACCGUUGGUUCUUUUAGCAACCUUAUCAUUUCCAUUCGUUGCUCCUUCUGAUGCUGAUAAGAAUAAUGACAAUAAUGCCUCACAGCUCUUUUCAAACUAUGAACUAUACUCAAAACUGCUAGAGCAUAUCCCUGAAAGAGCAUUCCUUCCAUUAAGUCAUUCCAAAUUAACUGAAGAAAGUCAACUAGAUGAAGAAACUAUCAUAAAGAAGAUUUUAAAGUAUUAUGAUACCGUUUCAAGCCCUCACAAGAUAGUUAACCCGGAGGAUAAUUUAGGCGAACCCGAUCUACCAUUUGCUACAGAAGACUUAACGUUCCUAAUAGUGGCACAAACAAAGAGAUUAUUAAUAUCUAAUCUCCACAAGUUUAAAUCCGUUAAUAAAAUCUCCGAUGUAUUUGUUUCAAUCAUAGAUAAAAUACCUGGAGAUACAUAUCCUAAGCAGACCAAUCCGGAGAUUUCUAUAAACGAUUCUCUUGUCAGGGCUAUUUUAGAUGCUACAAAAAACUAUGACCCAUGUGAUGCAACCUAUUCAAUUAUAGGUAUGGUAAACAUUUUCAGUAAUUAUCUCAAUACAAAGAUGUCUGUGCUCGACUCCACCAAAUUAUUGAAACGAAUAAUGGAAUGUAUAUGGUGUAAUAUGAAGAUGCCAAAUACACAAUCGAUUGCUAUCAAAUGUUUGAAAUCUUUGGAAAGAACUGUCUCAUCAAAUUAUCUUAGCGGUUCCCUAUCAUAUUGCUUUGUACAAGAAAAAGACAUUACACAAAGACUAAAUGUAAUAGACCUACUAUGGACAAGAAUGGAUGAUAAUACUUCCUUAAUCAAACAUCCGUUACAAUUGAUCUUAGAUGAAUUAUGCGAUACUCAAAACCCAUAUUAUCUGAGUGUAUCAAAAUGGAUUUCCUUAGUAUUAAGCUCUCAUUCAUCUAAUAGGUUUUAUAAAGUUAUGAGUGAAUAUAUCUUUGAAUUUGACUUUUUAGUUAAGGGUUAUUUAACAGAAAUGGAUGAUUUAGAUAUGUUUACAUAUCGCCUUCAAACACUAACAAAUGUAUUGAAGACUAACGAUAAUAAUGUGGUGAAAAAUUUUGCUCUAGAGCUAACGAAUGAUAUUACAGUGGAUUACUGGAAAAAUGAAGAUAUGUCAACUUAUAAAAAUUUGAUACUUGUUUGUCUAUUACAUUUUCUGAAAAUUGAAAAUAAUAAUCACGCAAAGAGUAUCAGAAGUUCGUUAUUGUUAUUAGAUUGUUUAUUAGAUGGUACAGAAAAGAAUUUCAAAGAUAUAGUCAUAUUUUUACUGCAAUUAUCCUCAAACUAUAUCUCUGGUGAUAAGAUUGAAACUGAAUUAAUAGCGUUUUCAUUAUUAGACAUCGUCUCAAAAGUGUUAAAGUUAUCUCAUAAGAACGGGAUAAAACUUGAUAUAUUCGAUGAUAAUGCAACUCAUUUGAAAUAUAUCGAUUAUUUGGUGACAAGUGUUUCUACCAUGAAGGCACCCCUAGUGGUGGCGUCUUAUAUCAAUUUACUUUCUGAAAGUAUUGUUUAUUUCGAUCAUUCCAUUUUCAGUAUGGUACUACCAUUGACCUCGUCGAUUGUUCAAUGUGUGCAGCGUUUGUUUAAUUCAGCUAAAGUAAGCGGUGAUUAUUACGAAUCAAUCUCGUUAUUACUAGGCGGGUUAAAAGAACUAAGUGAAGUAUCACAUGGAUAUUUAGCAGCCGAUGAACGAGAAGGAUCUUUUACAAGUGCACCAUCAAAGACAGAUUUUUUCCAAUCUGUAGUAUCGAAUGUUUUCUCGACAGAUCCUUCAGGUGCCUCUACCAGAUUACAAGGAGAAAGAGAUGUAGUCUUGCAAUGCUUCAGACAAGUAACGCUUUCUUGUUUAGAUUUAUGGUGCUGGGCUCAUGAUCAUACCGAAAUGUCCAAAGAUGCAAAAAAUCAAGAUAAUGUCAAUUAUAAUGCAUAUAAAUUUAAAUUCAAAUCAAAAGAUCUUCUGGAACACCUUUUUUAUUUAGAGCCUUCGGAAGUUUUGGAAACAAUGAUUAACGCACGGGACGAUAACAACAUUAUUACGUUGAUUCACGUUCUAGAUGGUAACAAACCUGCCAUGACAGCUCCUUAUUUAUUUUCAGGGAUCGUUUACAGAUAUAAUAAAACAACAUCAGUUAAAUUUUCAUCAGCUUCCAAUAUAAAAGCAAGCGCUAAUAAAGCACUCAGAUUCGAAUCAUCUUUGAUUCAAAAGCUAUCAGGAACAAGAUUAAUGAAUUUUUUGAUUCAAUAUGUAGAUACAUUGGAUAAUGCAGCUAUUGAAGAAUUCUACGGUGAUUUUAUCAUAUUCUUCAAGGAGAUUAUAACGAAUUACUCUUUAUAUAUUCCAAUUUCAGUAUCAAUCACUAAAUUUGUCUCAAUUAUUGCUGAAAAGAUUGCGAAAUCGCAAUUUGGAGAGCAAAAGCGUAUUAGAAAAGAUUUAGCCGAUACGUUUAUCAAAUAUAUCAGCUACGUAUUUGCCAAUUUCCCGCAGGCAAUCGGUAAUGAUAAAAGCUUCAUCGAUUCAGUGGAUAAUGAAUUAAUGUUCAAAGAUAUUGAGUUCAUAAUACCUAGAACUGAGUAUAUUGUCAAUGAAAAUCGAUCUGGUGAUAAAUAUAAUGUUGUUAUUUCCACCAUUGUGACACAAGUUUUAUCAGCUUACUUGAAACCUAGAACAGAAAUAGAUAUUCCCAACUAUGUUAUUUCUUUAUGUUCUACUGUCGCAGCAUACGGUAGUAAAGUCAAAAUCUGGCGUAACGUUGUAAAUGAUUUUUUUCAGGAUGACAAGAAGUUGAUUAUAAUAGGGCAAAAUCGAAUGUGGAAUGAUGUUAUUUAUGAGUGGUCCCAAUAUCCUGAUACCAAAGAUAGAUUGAUGAGUGAUUUGUUAUUAUCAACAGAAUCUAAGAAGCUCGGUAUGACACCUACCCUAAUCACGUUUAAUGCAUGGAAUGAUUCUGAAAUCAACAGUAAAUGUCAAAGCUUACUAAGAAUAACUUAUCUUAUCUUAAUUUCACCAGUUGAUGCGUAUUUACUAAAUUUCCAAACGCUAAUUACUUGUGUUUGUCAAUAUUUAGUUUCCAAAGAAUCGAAAAUCAAAUCUAGGUGUUGGAUGUUGUUAAGAACUAUGGUAUUAAGAUUUUCAGAGUCACAUUUCAACGAUUAUUGGUCCAUGAUAACAUACUGUUUGCAAACAAAUCUUCAGGAGUUUUAUGAAUUAUUACAGAUUCAAGGAGACAUCAAUUCAUCUGAUGUCCUUCAAAUUUGUAAAUCAGUAGAUUUGAUGUUAACUUUAAAUAUUGAAGGCUUUGUUGCUACAAAUGAAUGGUUAUUUAUUAUUGAUACAAUCAAUUGUAUAUAUAAGAGUAAUCCAUUUAUGGCAUUAAUUGAUGAAAUUUCAGAAUUUAAAGAUUUUAAUUUAGCCAAGAUUGAUGAUGUAGAAUUGGCAAAGGAAACGGAGACAAAUAUACCAUUAUUAACUGGUGUACAUUCCAUUGAGAAGUAUACUCAACUCAAAAAUUUCUUCCGAAAUUUGAGUUAUUUCCAUUAUGAAGCUAUCUAUAGUUUGAAACCUACGGAUGUUGGUAUUUGCGAGGAUGACCUUUUAACUGAUAUAUUCGUCUAA